GGCUGCGCUGUGGAUUAAUCUCAGCACCCUCCUUUAUAGUCCUACUAUUCUUCAAGUAACGCGUCUUAUCUACAGACUCUAGUUGAACGAAAAUUUCACGCCAGUUCUGCAAUUUGCGCGUCCAAUACUGCAUCCAGAAAUAUGACUCACUCUGCAGAUAAACCAGUCCUGCUGUGCAGGUGAGUCGUCAAGGGAUUGUAGGAAUCGCUUCGUGUCGAUCGGUGUAAAGCCCGAGCACGUCGUAAUAGGUGGUCGGAGGAGAUCCAGCUCUUGUUGGAAGAAAUGCGACGUAUUCUCGUAUUUCUUCGGUGGCAGGGAGACUCCUGGGACUCCCGUGAAACCCUACGAACUGACGGGCAGCCAGAGGAUCAGGAAGGUUUGACUGUAUAUGCUCGCAGUCAAGCUCACAUCCGACGAGGUUUGGUGGCGGCUUUCGCAGAACAUUGGAAGAGAGUCCUGCAUCUCGUGGCCUCGAACUCGGAUGUUGAUCCAUGUACUGACGAUGUCGAUGGGGUGAUCUCUUUGGACGCACCUCCUUGUGAGUACAUCGAGGAACACGAUGAAUAAGUAGCAUUUUGUACCCUGUACUUGUUUGUAAAAAUUUAAUUGAUGUGGUUUUUGACCACAGAACUAC